AUGGUUCUUUUUAAUAAUAAAUCUGAUUUUAUAUCAUUCUAAAAUAUUUAAUACUAAAUCAGUAAAAAUAACAAAAUAUUUUAAAAAAAGAGCAAUAAAAAGUAAAUUCUCCAUAAUUUAUCUGGUUAUUUUAAAUCAGGCUUAAAUGCUAUAUUAGGUUCUUCUGGAGCAGGCAAAACCACAUUCUUAAAUAUUUUAGCAAAAAGAAUUGAAAAGAAUGACAACAAUGAUUUAAAUGGUACCUUAAAAAUUAAUAAUUAAAAUUAUGAUGCUGAUUCAUUUAGUAAAUUUUCUGGAUAUGUAAUGUAAGAAGAUUUGCUCCUUUCUAAUUUAACUGUCAAAGAGUAUAUCACAUUUGCAGCAGAUAUCCGCCUUUCUUUGCCAAAAGAAGUGAAAAGCUAAAGGAUAUACAAUAUCAUAAAAUAGCUUAAGCUCGAGCAUUGUUAAGAUACUAUUAUUGGUGAUUAAAAUAGUAAAGGAAUAUCUGGUAAAUUUUAUUUGAAGAUAAAAAAUUGA